CAACCAUGGCAGUGACGGAGGUGACGUCAGCAGAGGCAUUCGAAGCAGCGGCCAAGGAAGGGGCGCCAGUGGCCGUGCAUUUCUGGGCCGCAUGGUGCGAGCCGUGCAAGCACAUGGAUGUUGUUUUUGGGCAACUGGCAGUCGAAAACCCCCAUGCCAAGUUUCUGAGGGUGGAGGCAGAGGAGGUACCGGAACUUUCUGAGACAUACUCUGUAUCGGCUGUACCCUUCUUCGUCUUCCUUAAGGAUGGCAAGGUGGUGGAUCGACUGGAAGGAGCCAACCCCCCCGAGCUAGCACACAAGGUGGCGCUGCACAUCGCUGCACCCUCUGCUGCCACCAACUUUAGUGCUGGCGGCUCUGCUGCUGCUGAAGUCAUCGAAUCCGUUCUUCACCCCGCUCGCACCGCCGCUUAUCCUGCUGCUGCUCCGCCUGCUGCCUCUUCUGCUGCUGCUGUUGCUCAGCCAGAGCAGCCGUCCCGAAUGAUCGCCCCGCCCGCAGGUUCGGACAAGCCGAAGCUGUCCCCGGACCUGAAGGCUCGGAUCGAGGCUCUACUGGCCUCCCACCCAGUACUCCUAUUCAUGAAAGGGUCCCCCAGCGCCCCCAGAUGCGGAUUCUCCUCUAAGGUUGUGUCUGUGCUGGAAAAGGACUUAGGGUCUGCGGCGGCCAGUGCGUACGGGUCGUUUGAUAUUCUGCAAGAUGAGGAGGUCCGGCAGGGUUUGAAGGUGUAUAGUGACUGGCCGACUUUCCCGCAGGUGUAUUGCAAAGGGGAGCUGCUUGGGGGGUGUGAUAUUGUGCUGCAGAUGCACGAGAGUGGGGAGUUAAAGGAGGUGUUUGCGGAAAAAGGGGUGCUGGGAGGCGGGGCGAAGGGAGACACAGCAGGAGGAGGAACAGGAGCAGUGGCGGCAGGUGGGGCAGGAGCAGGAGCGGCAGGAGCAGCAGCGGUGGAUGGGGAGGGUGAUGGGGCGAAGGGGUUGCAAGAGCGGCUGAAGGCGCUCCUCUCGUCUUCGCCUACCAUGCUGUUCAUGAAGGGCACACCGGAUGAGGAAACACCGGAGGAGCCGCGGUGUGGGUUCAGCCGCAAGGUGGUGGACGCACUCACGUCAGAAAGCAUAACCUUUGGCAGUUUUGACAUUCUCACGGAUGAAGCUGUGAGGCAGGGGCUGAAGGAGCUCUCCAAUUGGCCCACGUACCCACAGCUGUAUCACAAGGGCGAGCUGAUUGGUGGAUGCGAUAUUGUGCUUGAAAUGAAGGCCAAUGGGGAGCUUAAAGCCGAGCUUGGAGGGUGA